ACGUGCCAGUUACACGUUGUUGCUGGGAAGCGCUGGGAAGCACAGACCCAAACUGCCUGCUCACCAGAGACCCUCGCAGACCUUCGCGUCACAGGACAGACUCUGCUGUGCUCGGCGGACUUGCCACCAGCCAUUGGCCUUUUGGCACACACGGUGUUGAAGACAUCUGCUCUCACACACCAUUGUGGACGCACCGCCCCGCGUGGACCCUGAUCGGCUCAGACAUAGAGAUGCCGUAGCCAGGAUGGUUGAGGUAAAAGAUGAGCAUCACAGACGUGCUUAGUGCUGAUGACAUUGCAGCUGCCCUGCAGGAAUGCCAAGAUCCAGAUACUUUUGAACCCCAAAAAUUCUUCCAAACAUCAGGCCUCUCCAAGAUGUCAGCCAGUCAGGUGAAGGAUGUCUUCCGGUUCAUAGACAAUGACCAGAGUGGAUACCUGGAUGAAGAAGAGCUUAAGUUUUUCCUCCAGAAGUUUGAGAGUGGUGCUAGAGAACUCACCGAAUCAGAAACCAAGUCUUUGAUGGCCGCUGCAGAUAAUGAUGGAGAUGGGAAAAUUGGGGCUGAUGAAUUCCAGGAAAUGGUGCAUUCUUAAAAGCCCCAGUCUUUGGAGAAAACAGAGGAAGGGACAUUCAGCUGGAAGGUCUCCAGAACCCUGGUAAUGGGAAACCCCACAUCCUACCCCAAACUAAUUUAUGAAUUUCUCCUGAAACACUGAUGCAAUUUGUUCAUUGCUUGAGAGAGAGAGAGAGAAAAAAAAAAAAGACACUCCAUAGCCUUUUUGGUGGUGGGUAUGCCCUGAUGACCCUUGUAAGGCCCCUCGCAGGUAAUGUCUUUUAAAA